AUGGUUCUCUCACUAUCCUAUCGCCGCCCUGCCUAUGUUACCUCCUCGCGCGAUUCGGUCGAGUCCGAGAAAGGCGGUCGAGUCGAGUCCAUCAAUUCCAACUCCAGCUGCCCUUAUGGGAUUCCCGACGCCCUCUCCUUCGACAGAAUCAUCAGUGGCGGAACAUGUCCUCCUGUGACUACACGUGAAUUCAUGGACUUCCUCCGUUACAUCGAAUAUGACGCCGAGAAUCUCCAAUUCUAUCUGUGGUAUCACGACUAUUGCAAGCGCUUCGAUGAGCUCCCGGACAGCGAGAAAAAGCUUUCCCUCGAGUGGACUGCGGAUCAAGCAUUGGCGGAGAAGACGAAUGCUGAAAAGGAGAAGCUCCCAAAGAAAAUGGCAAGCGUUGCUGCAGCAAUGUUGAAGGGUACCGAUUUCGACCCUCACGCCAAACUCGCUGUGCCAGAUGCCGCUCCAAAUCCGUUCAACACCCCUCCCAGGACUCCCUCGGCCACGGCCACUGAUCACGAUAGCAUGGCUCCAUCAACCGUCGGCUACAGUGAGGAUGCAACAACCCUUAGAGUGGGAACCACUGAUCACGGCAAAAGAGCCGAGGCGGCAUUCGAGGAAGCAGGGAACCUUCGGCCUUUCACUAUCCAACCUUUCCGUGAGGAGAUCUCACGCAUCAUCGCGAUCUACAUAGCUGACGGUGGAGCGAGAUUGCUCAAUUUGUCGGCCAAGGAGAAAGCCGUCUUGCUGAAGGCACUAUCUGUGACUACUCAUCCUUCAGCAUUCCGCGAUGUCAUUGCCACGGUCGAAUGGACUCUCCGUCAUCAGGCUCAUCCCAACUUCAUCCGCUGGACCAUUUGCAACGGCAACAAGCCGAGGCAAGCCUUUGCCCGGUUCUUGGGCGUAGCUGGAAUCGUCGGCGGGAUUAUCUACGCAAUCGUCAUCACUCUCAGUUCAGUCAAUCGUGGUUGGAGGGCUUUGGCCUUCCUUGGCCUCUUUAUCGGCAUCGCAACUCUUUUCGCCGCCUGGAAGGGCAUGUGCGUCGUUCUGCAUGGCAUGCAUCACCGACAUCUUCGACCCUGGGAACUUUUUGACGAUGAAGACGAAGCUUCUUGUGACCAUGGGCUGAAGAAAAGUUCAUUCGACAGCUUGGGCUCGUCCAAUAGCUACGAAGAUGAGCCUUGGGUGGCCAAGUAUGAGAAGCGCAACAUCAUCCGCAAGAUCUUCGACCGCGAAGUUUGGAUUCAGGAGCCUGCAUUGCGUCAGAUCCAAGAUACCAUCUUUGUCCAGGCUCUCAUCACUGCCUUUGUCGUCGGCGCGAUCACGACUGCCAUCUUCCUGGCGGUAAGAGAAGACCUUUUCAGCGUUCUCGUCCCUGCUUCUAACUUGAAUCAUCAGGUGCCCCGCGGUAACUUCUACUAG